UUCAUUAAUUACAGUAUGCAGGUAGCAUAUUGGUGGGUCGAUAAAAUUGCCAACCAGUCUUCUUCAACCUACAGUUACCACCUUCAUUGCUAGAUUUCAUGAAGAGAAAGAUAGAGAAGGCAAAGAAAGCAGCAAUGGAAGAGGGACGCUAGUGUCGCUGUGUGGGCUUAGCUGGACCGGCCGGUUUUAACGGAGGUCAAACCUCCACCAUCACUGUGUCAGAGCCUCUCAACUUCCUAUCUUAAUUCAUCACUCUGCUUUGCAAGACACAUGCCACUGCAUUUUCUUGUUCCUCCACUCCACCCCCCAAUUUUUUUUUCUAGGACUGUCAAUCGUGGGUUGUUCUUUCUGUCGUCUUUGAACACUGGGGGAAACAACCCAACCUUGAUGCUCACUCCAUAAUUUUUAUUUUCCAGGACAAUUUUUUUUUUUUUGGGUUCUUUUCAGUUUUCUCAAUUUUAAAACUUCCGCUUUUCCCCCGUCUUCCGUCAGAAACAGAGAGAAGAAUAGACAGGGAAAGAGCAGAGAUGCAAUAAAGACCAAGCAUUUUUUCUUGAGGCAAGAGAUUGUUCUUUCGUUUUGCAUUCCUCUUGUUAGAGAGGCAGAAAUGUCUUAUUCUGCAUUGCGUGCCUCAAAUUGUUGUUGCAGACGAUCAAAUGCACACGAAAUUCAUGCAUCGUUGAGAACAAGAUGAGAAUGUUUGGAUCUUGAGACAUGGUGGACCAUCGGCGAAAUAUAGUGUCUCUUGGGUUCUUGCUCUUGUUGCUUUUUCAGUUCACAUUUCAACAGCUCGAGCCUCUGAGUUCAUCCGCUGAGCGAGUCGCCCUACUUCAACUUCGAUCUUCUUUGGGCUUGAGAAGCAGGGAAUGGCCAAUAAAAGCCGACCCUUGCUUAAUCUGGAAUGGCCUGAGCUGUGAAAAUGGUAGAGUCACUGGGAUCAAUAUUUCUGGGUUUAGAAGAACAAGACUUGGGAGGCGAAACCCACAAUUCUCUAUCGACGCUUUAGCCAAUUUGACCUUCCUGCAAUCCUUCAAUGCGUCCAAGUUUCUUCUUCCUGGUCCUAUUCCUCACUGGUUUGGUCAAAAGCUUUCUUCACUUAGAGUGCUUGAUCUUCGUUCUUGCUCCAUCACUGGUGCAAUUCCUUCGAGUCUUGGGAAUCUAAUAAGCCUAAAUACUCUCUAUUUAUCUAAUAAUAACCUCACUGGGAUCGUCCCUGAUAGUCUUAGCCAACUUUUAGGCCUUUCUGUUCUUGAUCUUUCGCGGAAUUUUCUCUCAGGAUCCUUGCCCACAUCCUUUGCCUUUCUUGGGAAUCUUUCUUUCUUUGACAUUUCUUCCAACUAUUUAUCCGGGUCGAUUCCUCAAGGAAUUGGGGCACUUUCUAAGUUACAAUACUUGAAUCUUUCCAGCAAUGGUCUAACUUCUUCUAUACCUGCUCAACUCGGGGAUCUUAGUAACCUAGUUGACCUUGAUCUAAGCGAUAAUUCCUUGUACGGUCUGGUGCCUCCGGGUUUAAUGGGGCUGAGGAGUUUGCGGAGAAUGAAGCUUGGGAACAACAUUCUUGAUGGACCUUUGCCGCAGAACUCGUUUCAUACUACAUUGCAGUUGCAGAUCAUAGAGCUGAGACAAAAUAAUUUUACUGGGACCUUGCCUGAUAAGUUGUGGUAUCUUCCAAGAUUGAGCUUUCUAGAUGUCUCCAGUAAUAACUUCACUGGUGUGCUUCCUAGUUCUAGUUCUACUGCUAAUGCUAAUCCUGCAGUUAAGGCCAAUUUUUCGCAUAAUCUUUUUUACGGAAGCAUCACUCCUCUGCUCAAAAAGUUCAGUUUCAUUGAUCUGUCAAGCAAUUAUUUUGAAGGCAAGGUUCUGGAUUUCGCAGUGAAUGCAUCACUGGGUAGCAACUGCCUCCAGAACGCAUCAGAUCAGAGGACGACAGAAGAAUGUGCCUCAUUCUAUUCCAAGAGAGGCCUCUCUUUUCAUAAUUUUGGGCAAGCAAACAUGACAAGAGCUCGUGCAGCAGAAAGCUCUAGGAAGCACAGUAGAAGAAAGUUUGUACUAGCAGGAAUUUUAGGUGGAGUUGGUUUCAUUGCAGUUUUGGCGCUGCUGCUGGUGUUGUUGCUCCUGUGUACUGGUAAGCGGAGCAAGUCAAAUAACACAGGGGCUCGUGUGGGCGCUGCACUUGCUGGAGGCAGUCCUGCACCUGCUGAUGCAUUGAUAGAAUUAUCAAAAUUAGGAGACUCAUUUACAUUUCAGCAGCUGCUCAAGGCUACAGUUGAUUUCAGUGAUGCAAAUCUUAUCAAACACGGUCACACGGGUGAUCUCUUCAAUGGUGUUUUGGAAAGUGGGAUAUCUGUAGUCAUAAAAAGGGUUGAUUUGCGUUCAACAAAAAAUGAGAAUGCUUACAUGUCAGAACUAGACCUUUUCAGUAAAGUUUCUCACACAAGAUUGGUUCCCCUGUUGGGUCAUUGCUUAGAAAAUGACAAUGAGAAUUUCCUGGUUUAUAAACAUUUGCCAAAUGGGGACUUGUUGAAUUGCUUGCACAACCGAGAAACUACACAUGAAGAUGGGACAUCGCAGUCAUUGGAUUGGAUAACAAGAUUGAAAAUUUCUAUUGGAACUGCGGAGGCCCUAUGUUAUUUGCAUCAUGAAUGCAAUCCACCCUUUGUUCACAGAGACAUUAAAGCAACCAGUAUACUUCUAGAUGAUAAAUAUGAAGUUCGGUUAGGGAGUCUAAGUGAAGCCUGCACUCAGGAAGGGGAUAGUCAUCAAAGGAAAAUCUCAAGGUUGCUACGGUUACCCCAGUCAUCUGAUCAAGGCUCAUCUGGUUCAUCACCAGCAGUUUGUGCCUAUGAUGUCUAUUGCUUUGGGAAAGUAUUGCUUGAGAUGGUAACCGGUAAACUGGGAAUUGGUGCAUCUGGUGAUGCAGAAGUAAAAGAAUGGUUGGAACAGACACUACCUUACAUUAGUAUUUAUGACAAGGAGCUUGUGACAAAGAUUAUGGAUCCAUCCAUGGUUGUUGAUGAGGAUUUCUUAGAGGAAGUGUGGGCAGUGGCUAUCAUCGCGAGGUCUUGCCUGAACCCUAAACCUUCAAAACGACCCCAGAUGAGAAAUGUCCUCAAGGCUCUUGAAAACCCUCUAAAAGUCAUAAGGGAAGAGAGUUACAGUUCUGCAAGGCUUAGAACAACCUCUUCCAGAGGCUCUUGGAAUGCUGCUUUAUUUUCUAGUUGGCGUCAGAAUUCUAAUGUAACAGUAAUUGCAGCAGCUUCUGGUGCAAGAGCUGAAGAAGGUGAGUUUUCAUUGUCCCGCAGGCGUCAUUCGACUGAGAUAGUUCCGGAACCUUCUGGUAGCAUUCGAGAGGUGGAGAAGCUGGAGUAGUACUAGAGGAAGCUUCAAGCCUUUGUACAAUUCGAGGAGACAAAACUGGCGUUCAGAUUCUUUGUACGAUUGUCUUGUUUUGUUUUUCCUGUGGUUUUGGACUAAGAAAUUCCAGAGGUAUGGAGAGGGACAUGGCAGAUAUGGAUUCUUAUUCUUCUUUGGCUGCUUGUUUAUUCACAAACAAGCCACAAUUUCUUCACAUGUAAUUGAUUUUUUUUUUUUUCCUUUCUGCUCUGUUUCAAGUCAUUUUGUAUAAAGUAUAUUUUUAAUUGAUUUAUCAGAUUUUUUUUUUC